CGCAAAUUACGCUAGAUCUGGCCUCGGGGGUUGCACGGAAUAUACACUGUCCACCUACUACGUACGCACGGCUGUUGUAUCUAUGAGUGCAUAGAUGAAUUCACACUCAGUUUCCAUUAGCUCGCACUGAUCCACUCCUCCAAGCUCCAGCCAUGCAGGUGGUGACGGGGGCCAUGGGCGCCCUCAUCCCCAAGCUCUUCCAGCUCCUCAACGAGGAGUACAACCUGCAGAAGGGUGUGAAGCAAGACGUCGAGUUCCUCACCAAAGAGCUUCCGAGCAUGCACGAAGCUCUGCGCAAGGUGGCGGAUGUGCCGCGGGACCAGCUUGAUAGGCAGGUGAAGAUCUGGGCCGACGAGGUCAGGGAGCUGUCAUACGUCAUGGAGGAUGUGGUUGACAGCUUCCUGGCAAGUGUCCAAGGCUCCCAGCCCGCCGCCAACUCACAUAAGCUCAAGGAGCUACUGAAGAAGAUGGGGAACCUGCUCCCCAGGGGAAAGACUCGUCGUAAGAUUGCGAAGAAGAUUAAAGGCAUCAAGAUCCAAGUUAAGGAGGUGGCCGAUAGGCGUGACAGGUACGGGGUCAACAAUGCGGUUGCUAAUCUAGCUGCAGCCCCAACUCCCGUUGACCCUCGUCUGUUGGCUCUGUUCAAAGAGCAGAAAGAGCUUGUUGGCAUCGAUGCCGCAAGGGACGAGAUAACAAAGAAGCUCACAGAUGGGGAUGGGGAUGUGGCCAACCAACAAUUGAAGAUUCUGUCCAUUUUUGGAAUUGGGGGACUUGGCAAAACAACUGUUGCCAAAGUAGUGCAUCAGAAGCUUCAAGCAAAAUUCAUGCUCAAGGCUUUUGUUUCGGUGGGUCGCAAGCCCGAUGUGAAGAAAGUUCUCAGGGACAUUUUUCUUGAGCUUGACAAGGAAGGCUACAGGAAAUCCAAUGCACAAGCGCUGGAUGAAAAGCAGCUCAUAGUAGAACUCCAAGAAUUACUUGAGAAUAAGAGGUACUUUAUUGUUAUUGAUGAUAUAUGGGAUGUAGAAGCAUGGAAAAUAAUCAGUUGUGCUUUGAAGGAUAGUAACUGUGGAAGUAAAAUAAUCACAACUACUCGCAGUUUGGAAGUUGCCAGAAAGUCCGGUGAGGCUUACCAGCUAAAGCCACUUUCUCCCGACAGCUCUGAAAAUUUGUUGUAUAUGAGAUUGUAUGGUGGUAAAAGCAAAUGCCCUUUUGAUCAUCCGCUUGAGAUGUCUGAAAAGAUUUUACAAAGAUGCGGUGGUGUACCACUAGCUAUCCUUACAAUAGCUAGUUUGUUAGAGGGUAAAGCGAGAGAGGAUUGGUCUAAGGUUUAUGACUCAAUUGGUUUUGGGCACGGAAAAAACCAUGAUGUAGACAAUACAAGAAAGAUACUGCUAUUUAGCUAUUAUGAUCUACCCUAUUAUCUGAGACCUUGUUUAUUGUAUCUAAGCAUAUAUCCAGAAGACUACACAAUCGGAAAAGAAACUUUGAUCUGGAAGUGGGUAGGUGAAGGUUUUAUCGAGGAGGAACAGGGGAUAGGGCAAUAUGAGAUUGGAGAGAGAUACUUCAAUGAGCUGGUGAACAGAAGUAUGAUACAACCCAUCAGGGGCAGUUACUGCUCUUAUUUCGUGACUGGUUGUCGUGUCCAUGAUUUGGUGCUUGAUAUGAUAUGUCUAUUGUCAAAUGAAGAGAAUUUUGUUAGGAUAUGGGAUAUUAAUGAUCAAAGGAUAUCUUGCCAAAGUGAUGAUCGUAGGUUAGCUAUCCAAAAGAGAGUCUUAGAGCAGGAUGACUCUCUGGCUAACAUGUGCACCCCACAAUUGAGGUCAUUCAGUGCCAUCGAAUGUGGUAUUCAUGUGCUGCCAGCACUUUCAAGUUUUGGAGCUUUGCGUGUCCUAGAUAUGCAAGAUUGUAGUUUUACUAGUGAUGUCAGUUAUCAUCUGGACCAUCUUGGGAGUUUAAUCCAUUUGAGGUACCUGGGAUUGCGGAGCAUUCCAAUAGAUAAGCUACCACAAGAAAUAGGGAAUUUGAAGUUUUUGCAGACACUGGACUUGAUGGAUACCGGAAUAAAAGAAUUGCCACACAGUUUUGGUCUGCUAAGGCAACUCAAGUGCUUGCAUUUUGAAGUCAAUGAAGGAACAGUUGGGAUGCAUAUGCUCGGGAACCUAACAUCAUUGGAAGAUCUACGGUUGACAUUUAAAACUUGGCCUCCUGAGUUUGUAGCAGAGCUGGGCAAGCUGACGAUGCUGAGGAAUCUCAACCUUUUCUCUUUUCUUGGACGACUCUUGGAUGUUAGCCAGAUGAAAGCACUGGUGAAGUCUCUUGUCAAACUGCAAAAGAUCGAAGUUUUGGGCAUCAACUUUACUUGUCAUGUGAGUAUUGGACACCAAGACUGGGAAGGUUAUGUACCACCUCAACAGCUGCGUGAACUCAGCCUACUAACGGCGAGCGACAGGUUGCCGGCGUGGAUAAACCCGUCACUUAUCCCGAACAUCACCAGUUUAUGGUUCACGGUGGAGGAGGUGAAGGCGCGGGAUAUGGAGAUCCUUGGGAGUUUCCCAGAGCUCAUUACUCUAGGGAUGACAGGUCAAGGGUUGAGCAACUCGCAGGACUUUCUCCCAGAUGCCGUUGGGGAGUUAUUCCCCAAGUUGAGGUACUUUUAUACACCUGUACCACUGAGAUUUCUGCGGGGAGCGAUGCCGAGCCUUGAAUCCCUUGAGUAUGCUUAUCUCCGAGUGCAGAAGUUGAAGCGUGACAGCAGCUUUGUGUUUGAGUUUAGUAGCUGGGAAAACCUCCAUUCACUCCAGAAAGUGAAAGCUUAUAUCGAACCUCGUUCAGCUCAAGAGAACAAGGAUGAAGCUGUGGUUGCACUGGAGCUCGCAGCCAACCAACAUCCCAACUGUCCUAACCUUACAGUCCAAAAUUAUAAGUAGAUUCUGAUGAAUGGCGGGCACCAAGAGCUUCUACCACUACUUAAUCGAUGCACCUGGAUUUUUUUUCCUUUUUUUUCUACCAAGCUCUGGGAUUGUAAUAAGCUACCUUUCAUUCCUUACACGACAAUGCUAUCAGGUUUUCUUCCCAUGGUUCAGCAAAAACAGAUGGGAGCAGUGGGUUUCCUGAUAGUGCUCAAAAUUCAUUACCCCUUUCCCUUUUGCUACUUGACAGUUCUGUUGUAACGGAUCUCGGUAGGGGAAAUUUACUUGUCAUUCCCAAGAGUACAUUUCGUUAUUUCUUGCCAGCUGAUUUCACCAUUUUAUCAAUUAUAUCCUGUUGAUGCAACUAGAGUACAGCUAUUAAAGUUCCUUGCAAA